AUGGCCGCCUUUCAAAGCCCUCCCACACCGUCUCCGUCUCCGACUCCCACAUUAUCCACCCUUUACUCCUCGUGGAAGAAACCGCAGCAAGAUGUGGUCGAGUACACGACACCAUCAUCAUCACUACCACCAUCACCAUCACUACCACCAUCGCCACCACCAUCAACCUCACCACCACCAAACUCACCACCAUCAUCAUCAUCAUCAGUCUUCUACAAUGUGCCCCAGACACCAACCGGAGGCUUCGUCACGCCACCCGAGAUCCCGGUGGUGAAGAACCACGACGUCACAGGCAAAACGUCCACAUCGGUAAUCGACUGUCCCAUCUCCAAGGCCAGCUUCCUGCUCGCCCAGGUCUCCUUGGCAACCGGCCUUUUCGGAGGCUUACCAACUACCGAGGUCAGGUUCCGGGGCCCGGGUUCACUCGGAGCGGCAGCAUCGCGAACACGAACUCUCCGCUUCGGCACGGGCCUCGAUGGAUGCUUUACCAGCACCGGGGGCUUCCUGGGAGGAAUGCGUGAAACGCAUAACGAAAAGCACGUCACCACCGUCAGUCGCGUCAACGCCUCGGCACGCCCGGGCCAAGAACGUCUGCCACCAUCCCUGGAGGCAUGGGAGGUGGUUCACGAGAAUUUGCCACGGUUGCUCCGAGCGGGACGAGUGCGCCAAGCCGUCGACGCUCUGGACGAGCGGCAUGCGUCAGAGGCGGGGGAGGGGGGCAGAGACAGAUGGGACGACUUGGAACAGUGUCAUCUCGCCCGAGCGGCGCUGGUGUUGAGCGCGCUGGCCCACGCCUACAUGUUUGGUGAGGACCGAGGCAAACACAAGGGCAAAGGGGAUAACGACGGCCGGCCUUCCCAGCCGUCAUUGCCGGUCCACCUGCUCGGUCCGUGGGAGAGGGUUUGCAAGAAGUUGGGGAGACCCUUGACAGGACGGGUGCCCGCCGAUGACGUUCUCAACAACGCCGUGGGCGAUGAUUCGUUCAGCCUGACCAGCGCCUACUUUGGCCUCCCCGAGGAGAGACUGUCCUCGGGGCUCCAGGGCCGGAUGGAGGCCAUCUUUGCUCCAGCGCUCUCGGCCAUGGCGCUCGCGCAGAGCGGCGUGCUAGCCGACCAGCCCGGCCUGGUGGCACACUGCCUGGAGAGCGUGGCGGCGCGCAUCGUCGAGUGCGCCGACGUGUUCGAGGCCAUGACGCCGCGCGACACGGCGCACUUUGACCCCGUCGUUUGGAUCAAGUCGUAUCCCGCCAUGGGCCGCCCCGUGACCUCGGGCGAGCUGGGGAACAGCGGCGUCGACGCGCCGCUGUUCCACGCGCUGGACGCCUUCAUCAACCGCCAGCACGUCGAGGGCGACUUGAAGCGGAUGCAGGGCGACCGGCGGGCCACGCUGCCGGCCAACAUCCGCGCCUUCUUGGAUGCCCUUGAUGACGAGGCCGGAAGCGUCAGAAAGUACGUCGCUGCUGCUGAUGCUGCUGUGCGUGCUCAGCGGCGGCGGCAAUACUAUGAUCAUCAUCAUGAUCAUCAGUAUCUGCUCUCUGGAGAAGAAGUAGAAGAAGAAGAGCAGUCGCAGUACCGACAUCUCUCGGCGGCGUGGGACGGGCUUUUGCAAACCUAUGUCUGGUUCCUCGAGCGGCACCGCGUCAAGGCCGUCGGCGUCACGGGCGUGAGCCUGAAUACGGGGCGACACUCGACGAGCAGCGGCGUCGAGAGCGGCGACCAGGACAAGGCCGCGGUAGCAGCAGCGGCAGCGGCAGCGACUGCAGAAGCGCCAAAGAUGCGCCCCGAGACCAUGCUUAGCAUGCAGAUGAAGAAGGGCAUGGCGUCGCGACUGGGCGGGCGUCCGCUGUGGCAGGACGCGCGUGUGCAGUCACAGACCGUGUACGAGGGCAGCGUGGUCGUAGCCGUGAGGCUUGAUGCCAACUUGCCGCUCAAGCCGGGCGAUCGAGUACAGGUCUGGCCACCAGCAAGAAAGAGGAAGAAGGCCAACAACUCAUCGUGGCAUCAUCACCAUCAUCGUCACUCUCGCUGCCCGCAGGGCUCCUCCUCGCCGGAAUAUCAUGAUGACGAUGAUGAUGCGUCGUCUUCAAGCGAGAGUGACUACGAUGAUGAUGCCGAUGUCGAGCCGAGAUUCUACUCCAUCGCCCGAGCCAUCCCAGAUGCGGCUGAUGAUGGGAUGACAGAUUUGGGCGCAGGAGAGGGACGAGGACGAGGUAUGACCAUCACUCUCACAGUCGGCCAACACUUGCCCGAGGGACUUGUCUCCUCCUUUCUCAGCACCGCCGCUCCGGGAACACACCUGCGCCUCCGUCCUUGGCCUUCUCCGCGAUUCCGUCAGCCACGCAACCUGGCCGUGCCGCUGGUGUUGGUUGGCCAGGGCAGCGGCGUGGGCCCCUUUGUGGGUUUCCUUCACGACCGGGUCGCAUGGGCACAGCGGCGGCUGCACCAUCGUGAUGAUGCCCAGCAAGACGACAUGGACGAGAAGGAAGACAAUGACGAGGAGGUGGGUGAGGUGCUUCUCGUGGUCGCCGCCAAAACACGUCGUCAUGUCCCCUGUCCGAUCGACAGCCUUGAGCAACUGACCAGGGCCCUGCCGUUGACCAUCAUCUUGGCUCUCAGCGAAGAGGAACAUCACCUCAUGAUCCGCAGCGGCACCUGGACUCAGCUCCCCACGGGGGAUCGGCACGUAACGCGCCAUCUUCUGGAGCAUCGGGACUUUGUCCAGAGGCUCGUCAAGGAAAAGGGCGGCCACGUCUUUGUCUGCGGCAGCUCCGACUUUGGGGCUACGGCGAUGAGCAGUCUUGGACUGGGUCAACCGCAGAAACAACACCAAGAACAAGAACAAGAGCAACAACAACAACAACGACCACAAUAUCCACGUGGCGAGUCCUACUCCCACGAUGACAACCACACACAUAUGCCCUCAGCUUCUCCGCAUUGGAAGCAACUGCACCAAGAUCUCUUCGUCACGGUGAAAAGACCGUCUUCCACCUCACCGUCUUCUCCUCGUUUCUCCUCUUUCUCUUCUUCUUCUUCUUCUUCCUCCUAUUCCUAUUCCUCCCCCUCUUCACCCUCGGUUGACCCCCAAAACAACAUCAUCACCCCCUCCAACCUUGCAGCCCACAACUCCAUCAACUCGUGCUGGACCGCCAUCGGCGGGACAGUCUACGACAUGACGUCCUUUCUGGCCACCCAUCCGGGCGGACCGAAGACGAUCCUUGAGUCGGCAGGCACCAUCGCGGACGCGCGCUUUGCCGAAACGCACGGCGGGCCGCACGCCCAGGAGAUCAGGGGUUAUCUCCAGAGAUAUGCCAUUGGCCGUCUGUCCACAUCUGCCACAGGUCCGGGCACGCAGACGACCAGCGCAAAGCUCACUCAUGUCUUGGUGAGGAUGCAGAACGCCCUCACCAACAACAGCGCCUUUGACGCAAGCCGUGGACCGCUGCCCUUGUACGUGUACGAGGACGCCUUGCUCGUGUUCGCCGAUAGCCUAGAUGGCGUGGUGGGCAUUCUGUCAGACGCCGCCGUCGGCAUGCAGUCCUCGGAGCAGAGGGCGGCCGUUCUAAAGACGCAGGCGCUUUUGAGAAAGGCUUUCACGCUUCUGAAGACCGGCUGCAAGGGCUGCCUGUUCGCGGCUGGCUCAGAGAGCUCUUCCUCAACGCUGCUUGAAGAGAGCGAGGCUUUGGUUCAGAGGUUGUACAGAGAGCCUAUUAAAAAGGUGCACGCGGCUGUUGAUGCUUGUAAGAGGGGUUUGAGUGAGAUUGAGACCGGGACGGAGGUGGACAGUGAUGACAGGAUUUGUGAUGCCCAGAACGACGAAAACAACGAAGCACUAAAGCGUGUUUUGGAAAUGUUUUGCACCAGUCUAGCAAGCAUUGCUGAGGAUUUACUGUACUAG